GUGACGUUUCCUCCCAUCAGCUGUUAUUGUUUUGCUGUAUGAACAGUGGAAGUAAAUGCCAUAAUAACAGUAACGGCGUUGUUUGACUAACGUGAACCGACUUUGUGGCUGAUUGAUGUCGUCGAGCUCGUCCCCGGUGAACAUUUAAAGAUCGUUCACUCGGUUCUCCAUAUGCGUAUCAUCCGGGCUAGUCAGUCCAAACGUUCCUCUCCCUGAGGACUGUGAGCGUGGCGUUUGGAGUCGGGGAAGCGGAGGAGGGGAAGCGGGGCCCGGCUGGGAUCGACCCGAGCCCAAGGCCUCUGAGGUCGGCCAGCUAGAGGACAGGAAAUUGGCGGCACAGAUGGAUUCCCAGGACGAAGUGGACGGCGGGCCUGAGAUGCUCCGAGGCUUUAUUUGUGCCUCGUUUAACCAGGACACCACUUCCCUGUCAGUCGGCACCAAGACUGGCUACCGUCUCUUCUCCGUCACUGCUGUAGACAAACUGGACUGCAUCCAUGAAGGAGUGGAGUGUCCUGACGUGUGCAUUGUGGAGCGGCUGUUCUCAAGCAGCCUGGUGGUGGUGGUGAGCCAGUCCAUGCCACGGCGAAUGAACGUCUAUCACUUUAAGAAAGGUACCGAGAUUUGCAACUACAGCUACACCAACAACAUCCUCUCCGUCAGGCUUAACAGACAGAGACUGGUAGUGUGCUUGGAAGAGUCCAUUUAUAUCCAUAACAUCAAAGAUAUGAAGCUACUCAAGACCUUGCUCAACACCCCCACCAACCCUUCAGGUCUCUGUGCCCUGUCUGUCAACCAUGGUAACUCCUAUUUGGCGUACCCCGGCAGCGCCACUAUAGGAGAGAUCACAGUGUAUGACGCAAACAACCUGAGCACUGUGACACUGAUUCAGGCCCAUGCCAGUCCCCUGGCGGCACUCGCCUUCAACGCCUCUGGCACCAAACUGGCCAGUGCUUCAGAGAAGGGCACCGUUAUCAGGGUGUUCAGCAUUCCUGAAGGGCAGAGGAUGUUUGAAUUCCGACGAGGAAUGAAGAGAUAUGUUAGUAUUAGUUCGCUGUCCUUCAGUGCUGAUGCCCAGUUCCUGUGUGCCUCCAGCAACACUGAGACGGUUCAUAUCUUCAAACUGGAGCAACACAGCCCCAGUCAAGAGGAGGAGUCUCCCACAUGGUCUGCAUAUGUGGGCAAAAUGUUCACAGCUGCCAGCACCUACUUGCCGGCUCAGGUGUCCGACAUGAUGCAUCAGGAUAGAGCCUUCGCCACCGUGCGACUCAACAUAUUUGGCCUGAAGAACAUUUGUGCCCUGGCUACGAUUCAGAAGCUGCCUCGCCUGCUGGUGGCGUCAUCGGACGGGUAUCUGUACAUCUAUAAUGUGGAUCCACAGGAUGGUGGUGAAUGCACACUGGUCCAAAAGCACAGGUUGUUUGAUGGUAGCGAGGAGCAGGUGGAACAGAAGGAAGAGGAGACACCAGGGGAGGUUUCCAACCAACCGGUCAGCCAAUCAUAUGCUGCCACAGUGGCUCUCCCCUCAAGCCCGCCCACCUCAACCACACUCUUGGGAUACUCAGAGGAUGGAGGAGCCCAAAAGGGAGAGGUCAUCCCAGAGCAUGAGUUUGCAGAGGGCCCUGUGUGUCUGGAUGAUGAAAAUGAAUUUCCUCCAGUCAGCAACUAGAUUAACUGUCACAGCCUCACCCGCCUCCUUCCAUCCCAGAAUGAAUGGCCAAGUCCCUUCCCCCUCCGCCCACACAUACCCCUGCAGGUCGAGGGUCAUAUCCUACCAGAAUGUUACAUCCUGGUCUUUCUGGAUUCUGUGUAGUUCUAUAAAUACACUAACAAAGAGUGCAAAGUUCACUCAUUAAGAAAACUUUAGUGUUGAACAACCCCCCACACUGUUAGAAUAAUAAUGAAGGUGAUUACACCAGUGAUGUUACUUCAUAUCCUCACAGGAGCGAACCGCAGCAUGUCUGCAAUAUGAAGUAGCAUUUUUCUUGGUAAGCAAGGGUUGCUUUUCAGUCUGGUACAUUACCGUGUUGUAGACUUAACUGCUUCUGAGUUUGCUACACUUGAUAACCAAUCAAAACAUAAGACAAGCACUGCUUUUUGACCAGAUCAACAUUCCCAAAAGAAACCAUGGACCUUUUUAUGUCACACUGCUUAUGUACUGAGUAUUAGUGCCACACAGGGAAAUGCAAGAAGUCACAGAUUUACAAAAAUAAAGUAGGAAAAAAAAAAUACAAGACAAUGUAAUAGAAAUAAAAAUAAGUCAUAAUAUUAAAAGAAUAGUUGUAAUUUCUGACAAUAAAAUCCCAAUAUUGGGAGAAUAGUCAUCAUUUUACUAAAAAAAAUACAUUUUUAUGAGAUUAAGUCAUACUAUUUGGAGAAUAGUCAUAUUUUUCCUCACAAUAAAGCUGUGAGAUUGCAAGAAUAAAGUCAUAAUUUUAGGUGAAGUUUACAUGGAUAAAGUCCUUAUUGUGAGAAUAAAGCCCUAAUUUUACAAUAAAAAAGC